AUGUCCGGACACUCGCCUCGAGGCGAGAUGGACGCAGACAAGCAGCCAUGUCCGCUACAUAUCGUCAAGAGAGACAGCGAUGCAUCCUGUUCCAGCAGCAAGAACAGCCGUCCCGGCCAGCGGAAGUCCAGCAGUGGCACGGACGAGAGCCAGGGGAGCGUUCGCGAGGUGACCGGCAUGGAUCUGCCUCUGGCAAUUCCGAAGAAACGAAAGGGCCUGAUGUUCCGUCAUGGCGAGCGCUUCAAUUCCGGCGCUUCGGUCGCGAGUCACAGAAGAGCCCUGAACUAUACCGACAACUUCGAGGACCGUGAUGACAGCAGCAGCGACAGUGGCGAGGAGGGCAGAAGACUGAUUCACACAGCUGAAGCUGACGGCUUUACCUCUGUGCGACUGCGAUAUUUGCAGGACGAGCAGAGCUCCGAGCAUGGCCAUAGAGAAAGGCUAACAUCUCAACCACCACGGCCGAUCCCUGAACGGGUCCCUUCUCCCUACUUCAAUUUGGUAGACACCAUGCACUCGAGGAGAGCUGAAUCUGAAGCCGAAGCUGGAAAAGAAGCCGAAAAUGAUAGCUAUCUCCAUCAGAUGGACAUCAUGAGACACGGCCCUCCGCAGACGGAGGAAUUUGGUCUCUGUGAUGACGAGAAUCGAUCCAGACGUGGCAUUGAAACUAGAGACGACAUGCUCCGCCGGUGUCCGUCAUAUGAGUAUAUGCCGCGAACAGGCUUAUCCCCUACCCCUACAUCUCACACAUAUGGAAGGCUAGCAUCGACAAACACAUUGCCAGAAGUUGAGACAGUUCCUCUUGGUCCAUUGGAACGAUCGGCAACAACUUUCCCCUUUAGAAGCCAACAGCAUCAUCAGCACCAUCAGCAGCAAUACUACCAACAUCAACCUCACAACCCUCAGGCUCAACCACACUUUCGGCCGAGCUUGCCCUACUUACUUUCAGAGCCCGUUCCGGACCCGGAUCCCCAGAUGCUCACGCCCGUCAUUACAGUCACGCCUGAGCGCAGAUCUGUGGGUGGGACUGUGAACCGCUUUUGGGUCGCAGUUGAGCUGCAUGCACAAAUCACGCGGCCGUUAGAUGGGGGGUUUUCACGUGAUUACCCCUUCCACCACAGCAGCCGGCAGUCCUCGAUAAGUGUAUCUUCUUUCAAGAACAACGCGGGCACGCCCCAGAUGCCGGCUAAUGAUUACUGGGCCCAUCGUCAACGGCAGAAUUCCGACAGGCUCAUUGAAGACUUGGAAGUGCAACUAGGAGCAACAUCUCAAGAAUAUAUGCACAUCCGACUCACGUACACGCACUCUGGCUUUCCAAAACGGGAGAUUGGGCGAGAUGUGCUGGGACGGGAUGGCGGAUGCGUCUCGGUGCGGACGACGAUUGAAACCACGGCCACAGCUGUGAUCAUGCAGCAGAACGCCUGCUCGCCCUGGUCGCCUCCGCCACCGCCGUCGAGCAGUCCGCUUUCGGGAAUUGUGGCCAGACACUGGGGGCCAGCCGCGGCCGCGGACAUGGCGCAAAGAAUGGCAGCCACGUCAAUGGUACGGAUGGCGAGGAAGUCGGCAAAUCCAAUGCGGCCGUGGGAUUCGUUCGAUCCGCACUUUUCAGCAGAGCGGCAGAGGACACCGGAGAUGGCAGAUUCCGGCGAGCAGGAAGAGGUUACGCCCCGAGCAGCAUUGCAACAGCGCGAAUCGGGGCCCAAAGACGACGAGUCUUCUCCCAGACGGGCACCGACACCUGUAGGCAAGAUCUGGAGACAGAUUCGACGGGUAUCGUCCACGGGGAUGCGAUCGACGUCCCGCCAACAUGCCCAAAUGUCGCAAGACGAACUCAGGUCAUCGUCUUUAGCCAAGCUGCGGGUAGGGGAAGACUCACCGCUGCCGGGCUGCUUUCCGCCACGGACCAAAAAUGCCAAAGAGCCGGCAGAAGGGCUGAGGCAGGCAAUUCCCGACACGGCACCUCGCGCGAUCAGGCGUCCAGUCGGGAUUGACACGACGAAUCUGCAGAGCCUCAGCCACCGGGUGUCGGACAUGAGCCUUGGCAGCGAGAAUAUCAGAGAGAGGCAGCCGACAUACAGCGGGAUGCGAAGCAGCAGCCGCAGCAGCAGUAUGAGUAAGAAGUCGGGAAAGUGGUCGUGGACAGGAUGGUUUGCGUAA